AUGAUGGGAAUGUUACUGCAUUUUCUUUUUGUAUUGCUUGGGGUCCUUGCUAUUGUGGUUCUGGUUCAAGCUCAGGAUCAAUCAGGAUUCAUUAGCAUAGAUUGCGGGCUACCUGAAGAUUCAAGCUAUACUUCGAAGAACACAGGCAUAAAUUACAUUUCAGAUGCUAAAUUCAUUGAUAGUGGUGUAAGUAAGAGAGUAUCACUAGCAUUGCAGGGUACUCUUUAUCGGCAGCUAGAUUAUGUGAGGAGCUUUCCCAGUGGGGUGAGAAACUGUUACAGAAUAAAUGUAACCAGUGGUACUAAAUAUUUAAUCCGAGUCACUUUCUAUUAUGGAAACUAUGAUGGGAAGAAUCAGGUCCCACAAUUUAGUCUUCAUCUAGGAGCUAAUUUUUGGAACACAGUGACAUUCCCCAAUGCAUCACUCUACUAUAGCAGGGAGAUCAUUUACUCUCCGCCACUAGAUUAUAUUCAUGUGUGUCUGGCUAACACAGGCAAUGGGACACCAUUCAUUUCAGCUAUAGAAUUGAGGACUUUGAAAAAUGAUACUUAUGACACUAACUCAUCUGCAUCAUUGGAACGCUUCCUAAGAUUGAAUUUAGGUUCCAUCACCAACUUGGAAUCCAGGUACAAAGAUGAUGUUUAUGACCGCAUCUGGUCACCUUUUACACUCUCAGAGUCUACACCAUUAAGCACCGCUCUGAGCCCUGAUGAACUAUCUCUGAAUGAGUAUAAACCACCAGCAGUUGUCAUGAGCACUGCCAUUACUCCAGAUAAUGCCAGUGCUCCUCUUAACUUCUCUUGGGAUCCGAAUAAUGUAAAUGACCAAUACUACAUCUACAUGCACUUUAAUGAGGUUGAAAAGCUGGCAGCAAAUGAAACUAGAGCAUUCAAUAUCACCAUGAAUGGCAAGCUUUUUUAUGGACCUAUGGUACCUGCAUACCGGAGCACAAAUACCAUAUUUAGUAGGUCAGCUUUGACUAGAGCCACAAGGUAUCAAUUUUCUCUUUUUCAGACAGAGACUUCUACUCUUCCACCCAUCAUCAAUGCCCUUGAGAUUUAUACAGUAAAAGAUUUCUCACAAUCAGAAACUGAACAAGAUGAUGUUGAUGCUAUCACAAACAUCAAGAACUCUUAUGGGGUGGCUAGAAAUUGGCAAGGAGAUCCAUGCUCUCCUGUAGGGUACCUGUGGGAAGGUCUAAACUGUAGUUUUGAUGGAGAUAACCCCCCAAGAAUCACAUCCUUGAAUUUGUCUUCAAGUGGACUGACCGGGCAGAUAGCAUCUUCCAUUUCCAAGCUCACCAUGUUACAGUACUUGAAUUUAUCAAACAAUAGCUUAAGCGGGCCAGUGCCUGAUUUUCUGACACAACUGCAGUCACUAAAAGUCUUAAACUUGGAGAAUAACAACCUUACAGGUUUUGUUCCCAGUGAACUCCUUGACAGAUCAAAUAAAGGUUCACUGUCAUUGAGCGUGGGGAAAAAUCCAAAUCUAUGUGACUCAGCUUCAUGCAAUCCACAGACAGACAAAAAUAGCAUAGUUAUUCCUGUAGUAGCAGCAGUAGCUGGGAUUUUGGUGCUUCUUGUAAUUGCAGCAGCAGCUGUCAUUUGUAGCCUUAAAAAGAGAAAACCACGAGAGCCUAAUACUCCAAAUGGAACACAAUUGGAAUCCAAGCAAAGACAAUAUACAUUCAAUGAUCUUGUUAAGUUCACCAACAACUUUGAAAGAGUUCUUGGUAGAGGUGGAUUUGGAACAGUUUAUCAUGGCUUUAUUGAUGACACUGAAGUAGCUGUCAAGAUCCUUUCCCCAUCAGCAGUACGAGGAUAUCAACAAUUUGUAUCCGAGGUUAAACUUCUGAUGAGAGUUCAUCAUAGAAAUCUGACUUCCCUUAUUGGGUAUUGCAAUGAAGAAACCAAUAUAGGGCUCAUCUACGAAUAUAUGCCAAAUGGAGACCUGUAUGAACUUCUUUCAGGAAAAAAUAGCAUGCCAAAGUUCUUGACAUGGGAAGACAGACUCAGAAUAGCAGUGGAUGCAGCCCAAGGACUGGAAUAUUUACAUAACGGUUGCACACCACCUAUAAUCCACAGAGAUGUGAAAAGUACAAACAUUUUAUUAAAUGAAAAUUUCCAAGCAAAAUUGGCUGAUUUUGGACUAUCCAAAAGCUUUCCCACUGAUGGGGGCACACAUUUGUCCACUGUUGUUGCUGGAACUCCUGGUUAUCUGGAUCCUGAGUAUGGCAUAUCAAACAGGUUGACAGAAAAAAGUGAUGUUUACAGCUUUGGAGUUGUUCUGUUGGAGAUAAUCACAAGUGAACCAGCUAUAAUAAAUAUGAAUGAGAAUGAGAAGACUCACAUAAGUCUGUGGGUUAGCUCCAUGGUUUCUAAAGGAGAUAUAAAACAUAUUGUUGACUCAAGAUUACAAGAAGAUUUUGACACUAGCUCUGCCUGGAAAGCGGUUGAAACAGGAAUUGCUUGUGUGUCCACUAAUCCUGCUAAAAGGCCAAACAUGAGUGAUGUAGUGACCGAGCUAAAGGAGUGUUUGGCCACAGAAUCAGCUCGAAAAAAUACUGGUCGUGACACUGAAAACAAAGAUUCAAUUGAGUUGGUCACUGUGACUUCUGAACUUGUUCCCCUAGCUAGGUAGUACCUUCUUGAUGCUAACAACAAUAUUUCUGUAAACAGUGGUGUGUUUCAAUUUCUGUUUGAUGUAAUGCACUAGUUUUUCUUCUGGUGUCUUGUAAAUUGCACCAAGCAACUAUACUAUGAUCACAAACA